AUGGGUGGUGGAGCAGGGGCGCCCCGGGGCCGCUUUGCGGCGCUGGGCUCGGAGGAGUUGCGGCACCUGAAGCAGCUGCUGGGGCCCAGCAACGUCCUCACGCCCGAGGAAGUGGAACGCGAGGAUUUAUUGAGAUACAACCAAGACUGGAUGGGCAAAUGGGAGGGUCGCAGCAGCGCCAUUUUGAAGCCUGCCACCACCCAGGAGGUCUCUGCCAUCCUCAAGUAUGCCAAUGAGAAGAAUCUGGCCGUGGUCCCACAGGGUGGCAACACAGGCCUAGUGGGUGGCUCUGUGCCGGUCCAUGAUGAGUUGGUGCUUUCCUUGCUGCGGAUGAACCAAGUGGAAGCUCUGGAUACACUGUCGGGCAUCGUUACUGUGGAAGCCGGCUGUGUUCUGGAGCAGCUGGAUCAGUAUUUGGCCAAGCAUGGCUUCAUGGUCCCCUUGGAUUUGGGCGCCAAAGGCACCUGCACCAUCGGUGGCAAUGCGGCCACCAACGCAGGUGGCCUUCGAUAUCUGCGCUACGGAUCCUUGCGUGGCAACGUCCUGGGCGUCGAGGCGGUCUUAGCCGAUGGCCAGGUGGUGGACAGCUUGUCUGCGUUGAGGAAGGACAACACGGGCUACGGACUGCCACAGCUCUUUAUUGGCUCAGAAGGUACCCUAGGUGUCAUCACCAAGCUCACCAUUCUCUGCCCAGCUCGGCCCAAAGCAGUGAACAUUGCCUUCUUCGCGUGCUCAAGCUUCGAGCAUGUCCAGCGGACCUUUUCCCUGGCCCGGCAGAAGCUGGGCGAGGUCCUCUCCGCCGUGGAGUUCUGCGAUCGCUCCGCGAUCGAUUUCGUGCUGAAGCGAGAGGCAGGCACCGGAGUUCGAGAUCCCCUGGAAGAGACGUAUCCCUUCUACGUCUUGAUCGAAACUUCCGGCUCGGACGGUGAGCACGAUAGCGAAAAGCUGCAUCGAUUCUUGGAGGCCGCUAUGUCUGAUGGGGAUGCGGCUGUGCAAGAUGGAGUAGUAGCAGCCGAUGAAACUCAGGCUCGGGCUCUUUGGCGGCUUCGGGAAGGGGUAAGUGAUGCCAUGACCACGGCGGGCUAUGUCUACAAGUACGAUGUCUCCCUGCCCUUGCCACGCAUGUACGAGCUCGUAGAAGAGACAAGACAGAAACUGCAAGAGGCUGGCGUAGAGGCGACAGCCAAAGCAGCUGGCUAUGGACAUCUAGGUGAUGCCAACCUCCACCUGAAUGUCACAUCACUUACGGGUCGAGAUGACAAGGUCUUGGAGUUGCUGGAGCCUUGGGUCUUCGAGUGGGUCUCGAAGGCCAACGGAAGUAUCAGUGCAGAACAUGGGAUCGGUCAAUGCAAACCGCAUUUCUUACAUCUCAGCAAAUCCGAGAGCGCCGUCGCACUGAUGCGGACGUUGAAAGCUACAAUGGAUCCCAAAGGCAUUCUCAAUCCUUACAAGGCCUUGCGGCUUCAACGUGCGCUCACGCAGGCUGAAGAGGCGCAUGUGGAGCAGCAUGAGGAUGGUGCCGAACUGCUCCGAGCGGCGCGUCAGAAUUUGGAGGCCAUUGCACGGAAGAAACAGUGUAUUGCCCUGCUGAAGGUGGCCCUGGAGUCUGGUAAUGUCGGACUCUUGGAAGCGGCCAUCCAUCAAUGCGAACGGGAAAACAUGGAGGGCGAGGUGAACUUGGAUGCUGCCAGACGGCGCUUGGCGACGCUUCAAACAGCCGUCUUCUCCUUAGGAGUUGCCUCUUUGGGGGCUACCCUUGAGUUGUCGCGCGAAGACCGUGAAUGUGGACAGCUCGUGAAAGAUCCUGAAUUCACGGAUAGAACAUGA